AUGGUUGAAGUAGUGAGCCCUCCAAAUGAAAAGUGCUUGCAAAAUCCUCUGAAACCUCAGUACAAUGGAGGGAUAAUGGUGAACCCAGAGAUGGGAGAUGGGUUGAAUGGCUGGUUUGGUUUCGGAAAUAUUAAUGAUGUAAACCUAACGGUGGGAGUUUCCAAGGAAGGAAACAACUUCAUCAUUGCUUCCAAUCGAAAAGAACCAGGAGAUGGUUUUUCUCAGAAGUUUGAUUUGGUGAAAGAUAAUCACUACAUAGUUUCUGGUUGGAUACAGUUAAGUGAAGGCGAAGCUGAUGUAGCAGCCAAGUUUAAAACAGCAACAGGCAAAGUGUAUGUAGCAUGGGUUGUAGCUAGAUCGGGUUGUUGGUCCAUGUUUAAAGGUGGUUUUGUUGCUAAUGUUUCUGGCCCUAGUGAAUUACAUUUUGAGUGCAAUAAUACCCAAACUGAGAUAUGGGCAACUAGCAUAUCAGUAAAAGCAUUCACCCCAGAGGAAUGGACAUCACAUCAAUCAAAGAGUGUUGAGAAGAUACGCAAGACAAAGGUGGCAAUUGAAGUAGUGGAUGGUCAAGGAAAACCAUUACCCAAUGCAACAAUUUCCCUCAUCAAAGGACGACCAAAUUUGCCAUUUGGUUGUGCUAUCAACAAGAAUAUCUUAAACAACCAAGCCUAUCAAAACUGGUUUUUCUCAAGGUUCAAGUACACAGUGUUUGAGGACGAAAUGAAGUGGUACACCACCGAGCCCUCCCAGGGCCGAGAGGACUAUUCCGCCGCCGACGCCUUACUCCGCCUCGUCAAAGGCCGCGGCGUCGCCGUCCGCGGCCAAAACAUAUUCUGGGACGACCCAAAUUUCCAACCUUCGUGGGUCCCAAAACUAACCCCCAACCAAUUAUCAGCCGCGGCUACUAAAAGGAUUAAUUCGGUGGUGAGGAGAUAUGCCGGUCAGGUAAUCCACUGGGACGUCGUGAACGAGAAUCUUCACUCUUCGUUCUUCGAGAGCAGGCUCGGGGCCGAUGCGUCGGCGCGUUUCUAUCGAACGGCCCGCGCGUUGGACGGCAAGGCGACUCCGUUCUUGAAUGAUUUCAAUACUAUUGAGCAUAAAGAAGAUGGAGCUUCGUCGCCCAGCAAGUACCUACGAAAAAUUGCGCAGCUUCGGGCGCAAAGAUAUUCUGGCCCUCUGGGAAUCGGACUGGAGGCCCAUUUUGAUACUCCUGACUUGGCUUAUGUUAGGACUGCCAUUGAUACACUCGCCACUGCAAAACUCCCCAUCUGGAUCACAGAGUUGGACGUUUCAUCACGCCCUAAUCAGGCACAGUAUUUGGGACAAAUUAUAAACGAGCUUUCGUCACAUCCGGCCGUUCAAGGUAUAGUGCUAUGGUCGGCAUGGAAACCGAGUGGGUGUUACAAGAUGUGUUUGACGGAUAACAAUUUCAGAAACUUAGCAACGGGGGAUGUGGUUGAUGGGGUGAUUAAAGCAAUGAGCCAUGAAGGUUUAGUGGGCACCACCGCAGCUAAUGGCAGCUUUGAGACGUCACUGUUUCAUGGUGAAUAUGAAGUUCAGGUUGAUCAUCCAUUGUUGGACAAAUCUUUGGCUCACAACUUGACUGUAACGUCAACCGUUGAUAGUGAAAGGAGGCUAUAUUUCUCAGUCUCUGAACGAGUGUAA